AUGACUACUGCUAAGAGAUCUGCAACUCAUUUUCAUUCUUCUAAUGUUGUUGACUACACACCUUUUGAGGAUCCUAUUGUUUAUAGAAGCACAGUUGGUACUUUUCAGUACGCCACCAUCACUAGACCUGACAUUGCUUUUGCAGUUAACGAAAGCAUGUCAGAAGAUGCAAUAUCCUUCCACUACAGAUUGUUUAAAAGGUCUAUCUCUCUUCAGUUACAAGCCUACUCUAAUGUUGAUUGGGCAGGAGACAUCACUGACAUGAGGUCCAAUAGUGGUUUGGCAAUUUUUCUUGGUCCUAAUCUCAUAUACUGGUACUUUAGAAAACAGAAGACUGUUUCCUGA